UAGAAAUAGAGGCGGGAUGCGUGGAGCUGGUGGGUCAAGAGUUGCAAUAAAUGCCAGUGAUCAACUUAAAGGUGACUUGUAGGAGACGUCCACUAAGGCAAGAAUUGCCUUAGUGCCUUGGAGGCGUGGAAGACCCGGGAUGCUUGGCUAUCGCUCUUACAUGAGGUUGACAGAAAAGGAAGAUGAAACGUUGCCCAUAGAUAUAGUCCUGCAGACUCUGCUGGCCUUCGCAGUCACCUGCUAUGGGAUAGCACAUAUUGCAGGGGAGUUUAAAGACAUGGAUGCCACUUCAGAACUCAAAAAUAAGACAUUUGACACAUUAAGGAACCAUCCAUCUUUUUAUGUAUUUAAUCAUCGUGGUAGAGUGUUGUUCCAGUCCCCAGACACAGUGAAUUCUUCUUCAAACCAAGAUGCUUUGUCAUCCAGCUCGGCACUGAAAUUUCGAAAACUUGAACCUCUGCGCCGCUAAGACUUUUACAGAUGAUACCAAUAACCCAGGACACUGAGAUGUAAUAUUCAAGCCGGGGAUGUAAACACUUUUUUUAAUUUCUGGAGCAGUAUUUAUAUUGAUCUUCCAGACUUUAUAAAAUAUAUAUAUAUAUAAAUAUAUAUAUAUAAACUAAUGACCUUCUUUGUACACUGUUAAUGAGAAAGACUGAAUUGUGGAUUGGCAAUGCAGUGUAAAUUCUACAGUUAUGCUGUGAAACACAUCUUCAAAGUUUCAGAUAUUAAAACGAGUUGCAGCUAACUUAA